CACAUGAUAUUCUAUUCAAUAGUUUACGAGGAAAUUAUCCAGAGCCACAGUGGCUAGAUAUGGGCAGCUCGUGUGGACUUGUAACUGGCAUUUUAAUACUAUGUAAAGGGACUGCUUAUUUUAAUAUGUAAGUUUACUACGUCGGUUUUAUUUUAAGGUAUUUUACUAAUAACAAAAGCACUUUCCCGGUUAGCUAUGUAGCUAGGUGAUUGACUUUUUACCAGUCGGUUUCUGGGAGGCGUCGCUGAUAAACCUUAACUAACGUCCGAGGGAAAGAAAAACGUUGGACGCAAUUUUUUAACGUGUCGGACAUAUUCGUUGAAACAGUUAGUCCGAUUUCUGGCCCACAUCUGCGGUGACAGCUCGCAGGGAAAUUACUAAGAGCACUUUAUGAAGUUGUGAAGCUUGUCCAGAGGCAGGAUUCACUAUGACAGAGCGGACCCCGCUUCUCCACUAUCGCCUCUCCACCAGCGUCAAUGAAUCCGAGCAGCGGUCACCUCCGGCCGGGCAGGUCCCGGAGCGGCACCCGGGCAGCCCCAGGCAGAGGUCUACCCACCAGCGGCAACAACCGAAGAAACUCUCCACCUUCUUCGGUGUCGUGAUCCCUACUUUGCUGUCAAUGUUCAGCGUUGUGGUCUUUCUCAGAAUAGGAUUUGUGGUUGGCCAGUCUGGACUGUACCAAGCUAUUGCCAUGUUCCUGGUGGCCUACUUCAUCAUCUGUAUGACCGUGCUGUCAGUCUGUGCUAUCUCCACCAAUGGAGCCCUGGACGCCGGCGGAGCCUAUUACAUGAUCAGCCGAGCGCUGGGUCCGGAGUUUGGUGGCAGCAUCGGCAUCAUGUUCUUCCUGGCUAAUGUGUGUGGCAGCGCUCUGUAUGUGCUGGGUCUGGUGGAGGCCAUCGUGGGCACCUUUGGCGUGCCAGAGGACGGGACCGGGGCCACUUCCCCCUACCAGGUCCUGCCGUCAGGUUACUGGUGGUCUCUGCUUUACGGUACAGCCGUCGCCCUGCUGUGCCUGCUGGUGUGCCUGGUGGGGGCCCACAUCUACGCCAAGGCCACUUUCAUCAUCUUCCUGGUGGUCAUGUUCGUCCUGGGCACCAUCUUCGUCAGCUUCUUCGCCGUAUGGCCUCACACCAUCAUCCUGCCCAGAUCUGCCACGCACAACCCGGCGGUGAAUGGAACCGGCCCCGUGGUUCCCACCACGGCCAACUUCACCGGCUUCAAGUUGGACACGCUGCUCGGGAACCUGUGGGCUGACUACACUGUGGAUUACACAACAGAAACUAUGAUGACCUUUGCCACCGUUUUCGCUGUGAUGUUUAAUGGCUGCACCGGCAUCAUGGCUGGUUCUAACAUGUCAGGUGACCUGAAAAGUCCCAGCUCUUCCAUCCCCCGCGGCACCAUCACAGCUGUCAUCUUCACCUUCAUCAUCUACAACUUGCUCAGUGUGCUGGUGGCGUGCUCCUGUGACCGGAUCCUGCUUCAGAGGGACUACGGUUUCCUGAGGGAUAUUAACAUCUGGCACCCCUUCGUGACCAUCGGGGUUUAUUCCUCCACGCUCUCCGCUGCCAUGAGCAACCUCAUCGGAGCCUCGCGCAUCCUCUACGCCCUGGCCAGGGACGACCUGUUCGGUAAAGUGCUGUCUCCAGCUAAGAAGACGUCCCAAAGUGGUAACCCCUGGGUCUCUGUGCUCAUCUCCUGGUUCCUUGUGCAGCUGGUGCUGUUCUCAGGGAAGCUCAACACCAUCGCCAGCAUUGUGACCAUUUUCUUCCUGUUGGUGUAUGCUGCUGUGGACUUGGCCUGCCUCGCUUUGGAAUGGGCUUCUGCACCUAAUUUCAGGCCCACCUUCCGUUACUUCACCUGGCACACGUGUGUGUUGGGCAUUGUGGGCUGUGCCGUCAUGAUGUUCCUGAUCAACGCCAUCUACGCCUCGGCCAGCAUCGCCUUCAUGCUGCUGCUGCUUCUGCUGAUUCACUACCUCAGUCCCACCUCCAGCUGGGGAUACAUCAGCCAGGCUCUCAUUUUCCACCAGGUGCGUAAGUACCUGCUGAUGCUGGACGUGAGGAAGGACCACGUCAAGUUCUGGAGGCCUCAGGUCCUGCUGAUGGUUUCGAACCCUCGCAGCAGCGUGGGCCUCAUCACCUUCAUCAACGACAUCAAGAAGAGCGGCCUCUACGUGCUCGGCCACGUCCAGCUGGGAGAUCUCAACACGUUGCCGUCGGACCCUCUGCAGUCCCAGUAUGACUCCUGGUUGUCGCUGGUGGACCAUCUGAACAUCAAAUCCUUCGUCAACCUGACCUUGGCUGAUUCUGUUCGUCACGGAGUCCAACACUUGCUCUUCAUCUCUGGACUAGGUGGGAUGCGUCCCAACACCCUCGUCCUGGGUUUCUAUGACAACUGCCUUCCAAAGGACAAGCUGGUUGAUCCCUCCAUGUCUACCAGUCAGUCCACAGAUCCCUCGGGCCUCUCUCAGGAGCUCGAGCAGCAGGCUCCUCUCUUCCACUUCGCCCCCCUGCGGAGGGCCAUCGACCGGCAGGACUACGGUGAAAUCGGCGACGGGAAGGUUCUGGGGUCCCAGGAGUACGUAGCGAUCAUCGCCGACGCCAUGAAGAUGCUUAAGAACGUGGUGCUGGCUCGAUACUUCAACAACUUCGACCGAACUCAGGUCCUCUCUCCACCCUCCUCCUUCCCCGGGAAGGGCGCCGUGUACGUUGACGUCUGGCCGGUCAACCUCCUGCGUCCCGACAGCUGCAGCUACGUCGACACCUGCUCCCUGUUCCUGCUGCAGCUCGCGUGUAUCCUCAACAUGGUGCGAGCCUGGAAGAAAGCUACGCUGCGUCUCUUCCUGUGCGUGGAGGAGGGGCGAAGCGUCAGAGGCUCGGAGGAGAAGCUGGGUCAGCUGCUGAAAGAGCUGAGAAUCAAAGCGAGGAUCUAUCCCGUGCCCUGGGACCAGCAGGUGGCGCUACACUGGCAGCGUCAAGGCAAGUGGGGCAAAAAGCAGCAGUCACAAACCCCUGACACCAUAAAAGAAGAGACGAUGCCGAGGCCAGAUGAAGAGGAGGAAGAGAAUGACGAAGACUACGUCAACAGCUUCCCGAGCAACACCGUUCGGCUGUCGGACGACUACCUGUCAGCUGUCAAUAAGCUGAUCCUGGACCAGGCCCGGCCGCCGCCUGCUGUGCGUUUCCUCUACUUGCCCCGGCCUCCAGCUGACACCCACCGCUACGCCACAUAUUUACACCAGCUGGAGCUGCUGACUCGGGACCUGGGCCCCACGCUGCUCAUCCACGGAGUCACACCUGUCAUCACCACUGACCUUUGAGAAAUCCCACAGUCAGUGAAGUGUGCUUUAGACGCCGACGGUUCUGAGUUUUGCAGUGUCGCCCGCCUGCAGCUGAGGGUUGCUCAUGAAGGUGUCUGGACCUCUGUGUCCCCGCUGACCUCAGCACUGCCAUGGUACUGACCACUCCCCCCAACACCACACAGGGGAAAACAGCCCUUGAAAUUUGACCCAGACUGGGGCGUCGCUGCUGACUCCCAAACACCAUCUGCACUGCCUCGCACAAUAUGGACCAACGAAGAGCGAAGUCUCUAGAGACGCAGCCUAUUUUUAGAAUAUUUAAAAUGAAAACCAGAUAUCACACGGUACAUCUUGGCCGCUUGGGGAUCACAUGAAAGCCUGUCCAGAUAUUUAACCUCUUCUUGAUUUUAUUUGUGUUCUCAGCUUGUAGUUCCGGCUUUUCCAUCAAGCACCUGAAGGCGCCAUAAUGUUAAAUUUAAUACAACCUCGUGCCUUAUCAGGUAAAUGUAGGGCCUGUUGAGCCAUUGCUGGUCCACUGCCGUCUCUGCAUUAACUAGUUCUUCCUUCCUUUCUCUAACACAGAGAGCUGUUUAAUUCCUGCUUCAUUUUUAAGUUUCCUCUGACUCCCCUCGUUCCGCUCUUGAAAUGUUCCCGCUGCUCUAAUUCCUCAGAAUGAUCAUUCCAUAUGUCUUCACAUGAAAAAGUGCCUUGCUAGAAAGGGAGCCUAAGGUUUGGACUCGGUCACAGACAGAAAGUUGGACGGCUUUACACCUCGGAGCGGCCAUUUGCAGGAAAUCUGCUUUUUCCAUCUUAGCUCAGAACAAAGGAAACAGUCGAACGACAGUAACGACGGUGCUAGUAUGGAAAUCUUAGUUUUAUUCCAAAAAAAAAAAAAAAAUUUUCAUGUGGGAUCUCAGGAAGACAUUCCUCUUUUUUUUUCCAAAUGCACUUUUGUCCUUCCUCUGCCAAACUGCAGGUUGAGCAGCUUUUCCAAAACGACUUUAAACGUGUUUACAGCAGCAGUAACUACUGUGAUUACCCACGAUUUUUAUUGAUUGUCUUUUUGCAUUUCAGGUGCUCUGAAACUUUUAGGAAUGUUUUCAAUCAGCAGUGAACACAUCGCUGAAGUGCCUCAAAGUAUUUUACACGCUGCAGUCUCGACCUUCACUCCAAACUAUCUGUAGUAUUUAAGGUGAAGCUGUGGUGUUCAUGAGAUCAUGGUACAUGCUAAAACGUAGCAUACCUUUAGCACAGGAAAGAAUGCUAACAUUAGCUAACAUUAGCCUCAAUAAGAAGCAGGUCAUAACAGACCAAAUGAGACUGCAGCAGCAAAAUCACAGAGUUUAUUGAUUUAUUGAGAUGUUUCUUGUCAAAAGUCACACGGCUUCACUGCGGCACAUUGACAUACACUAUAUGUCCUCGGAGACCGACGUGAAUCCCAGGUUUAUUCUAAAAAACAAAUCUAAGACGUGUAGAAGUUUGACUUUCUGAAGUAACUACAGAUGAAAUUCUUUAGAUUCAUCAGAUUCAUCCUGACAAUCUUGUGUGUGGAGUUCAGAUGCACAUUAAAAAUAUUUUUUAAAAAAAGGCCGGGUCUCAGAUUCAGAUUCGGACUUCUCUUGACAUCCUGUUGUUUGAAAUGAGAUAUAUGUUUACCUGUGGGCCAAUUGGAUCCACGGACGGCUCCUUGUUUGGACACUACACUCCUCAACAAACCUUUGACACUACAUUUCUUCAGAUCUUUGUCCUGGAUGUCAGUUUUUUUUUUUGAAUUCACUGAAGUGCAAAACGUAUUACAGGAGACACUGAUUAAUGAAGAAAUGAAAUAUUCAGUGUUUGGAGAAAUAUAUAAAUAUAUAUAUAUAUAUCAGACUGUUGGACCCCACUGUGUAUAUAUACACUUGACCAGAUGUAAACUGAAAUGAUAAAAAAAAAUAAAAUGUUUGUAUUA